CAUGGCCGAUUCGAUAUUAUAAGAUGUUCAUUUACAUACAACCAAAAAAAUAUUAACAAUUAAUCAAACAAUAACAAAAAGAUAAAUUUGAGGGAGAAACUUCCCCUAUACCUAUUUAUAUUCAUCACCCUACACAUACUCAAAAUUCAACACAUAUUCCAAUUGAUCACACAUCAAAAUCAACACAUGAACAUGCAGUCUCCCUCUCCCUCUCCCCCUCUCUUGAUAUUGGUUACCAUAAUCCUCACACAAUCAUUAAAAAACUGUUAUAGCUCUUCUUUGAAUUCAUUGAUAUACGUAGGCUGCUCCCAACUCAAAUACAGCCCGGGCAGUCCCUACGAGUCCAACCUCAACUCAAUCCUGACCUCCAUCGUCAGCGCCGCCUCCUCCGCCAACUACAACAACUUCAAAGUCGCCCUCCCGGGCUCCGCCUCCGGCGACGUCGCCUACGGCCUCUUCCAGUGCCGCGGCGACCUCGCCUCGCCCGACUGCCGCCAGUGCGUCUCGGCCGCGGUGGCCCGCCUCGGGGCCUCCUGCUCGCUCGCCACGGGCGGCGCGCUGCAGCUCGAGGGCUGCUUCGUCCGCUUCGACAACGACUCGUUUGUCGGGGCGGAGGACAAGACGGUGGCGGCGGACAGGUGCGGCCCGCUCGUGGGGGACGACUCGGCCGAGCUGGCGCGGCGCGACUCGGUUUUGUCGUAUCUGGGGGCCGGGGGGCAGUUUUUUCGGGUGAGUGAGGCCGGGAGGGUGCAGGGAGUGGCGCAGUGCGUGCAGGACCUGAGCGUGGGGGAGUGCCAGGAUUGCUUGUCGGAUGCUGUCGAGCGACUCAGGACGCAGUGCGGCUCGGCUUCUUGGGGGGAUAUGUUCUUCGCCAAGUGCUACGCGCGCUACUCGGAGCGUGGUUACACCUCCAAACCCGCGACGUACGGAUUAAGGUUGAAGAAAACAUUGCGACGGUGUGCAUACAUAAAUACAAUAAGGCCGGCAAUUUCUUUUACUUCAAGAGUCUCACCCAUACAACGCAUCAUCCAACCCACCCAAAAAAGGUUUAACUUUAAACUUUUUAAUGAGAAAUAUAGAAAAUAUUAUCUUUAAAAUUUAGUUAUAUAGAAUCCACGGUGUGCAUACAUAAAUACAAAGGAACGGCGAAGUGCACUAAUUACUAGUCCAAUUUUUUGUAGGUUAGGAGAAUAACUUUUUUGUUAGUGAAUAUUACUACUAACUUAAUUGCUAGUCCAAUUUCAUAUGCGUUUAAACCGCCAUAUAAAAAACACUUUUUUAAAUCUUGUUUUAAUAAAUAUUCCGAAAAUACAAAUUUUUUAACAUAAAUUAAAAGUGAACGAUGAAUCCCGAACCGGUGGUUUUAUAUUUCCAUUUUUUUUAUGUUUUGUGUACGUACUCUGUUUUAUAGGUAAGCAUAGUGUAGAUAUGAAAGCAUUGCUAAAACUAAAAAUCAUUAGAGGUUCCAUUGCACAUUCUAGUUUAGUUUUGAUUAAUUAUUUUUUCACGGGAGAGCAACAAUUUAUUAUCUACUGU